AUGUGGGACUCUUGGGAUCUAAUGGCAGGGUUUACUGAGGGUGCGGGACAUGGGUUGUCGUUGCCUCCCGCUGCACUGAGGAGGGAACGAGCACGUGGAGUCCAGCACGGCGGUUCGUCCAGCUCGCUUCACCGCAAGGGGCACAAAGGCCCUGUUGCCGUUGCUCUUGCUGCAUUUGCUUCAGUUGUUGCUGUCCUUUUCCUGGUGUUCCAUUGUGUCGUCGCGUUGAGUAGGGAAGCGCUACCAAUACGCGUGGAACGAGCGUUGGCUGGAGAACGCGAGAAAAAGGGGGAUGGGAGUGGAGAUGUCAUUCCAAAAGUAUGCGGGUUGGGAAGAUUCCAAUCAGCCACAGCUACCCACAGCCGCAGGAGGUCACGAGAACAUUUAGGGGUGGAUUCCAUUGAAGAGGGGAGUGAGGAUGCGUGGGAACCGUCGAAGACGCUGAGGCAGGAAGCGUUAGGGUGGGAACGGGAUACUUCGCGCAGCCCUUUCCAUGUUAUCGCGCGUGCAGAAGAGUCUACAGAAGAGGAAGAGGCCGCUCAAAACCUUCGCCAAUCAAUCCUGACAUAUGUAGAGCGAACGCUGGCUGAAAAGGAUCCAGGAGUACAAGAGGAAGACUGGCUGCCAAACCCCUUCGAGGAGUUGCAGUUUUCAGAAGAAAUGGAGGCUACGCAAUCGCUUUUCACUGUAGGGUCCCACGCCGCAAAGCCUCUCGUUGAGUCUGCCACCUCUGGGUUUACUGGCGUUGCCACAGGGCCUCGCGCUGAGUCAGUCACGUUCGGGCUUAUUCCUAUGGGCACAGGGCCUAGGGCUGAGUCGGCAACCUCCAGGAUUACUACUGUAUCACAACUUUGGCCCGAAGAGGGUACCGCUGGUAGUGCUUCACAAGGCGAAGGAUCAACGCAAUGCAGCAAAGUGACCUCAGGUUCAAUACGUCCGUAUUUAGACUCACAGGCGUCUUCCCAGGGACCAAUCCGCAUGACGCCAGGACAACAGUUGCCUGCUGUGCAAAGCUUAAGCAAAAAGCCUCUUGUCUUCAGGUACAUCGUCGGCCAACCGGGCACCAAAGGAGCGUAUAUGCUCCAGCUUCGCAAGCUUUUAAAUUGGCAGGUGCGUCGUCGAAUGCGUUGUUAUGCUCCCGCCUGA